CAAAGUCGUCCUGCCCACAUUCAUCUGUAUACUUAGAAGUCACCGUAUACCGCCUUUGCAACAGCGCGUCUUCUAUAUUUCUCCCUCUUACGUCGUGGCAACACUUGUUACGCAGUCGCACAACCAUCGUGUCGCCAGUCGCCGUUUUCACCAUGGCUAGCAGAUCGGAGAUAAUCGAAAAACAUCCCAUCGGAGGAGGUUUAAAAACCUUUCGCGACUCUUUCCACUGCCCGUCCGCGAACUUCGAUGCAGCCUACCAGAUAAGCAAUGAAGGCCUUAAAACCACACUGAUCGAGCUCAUUACCGAACUCCAGAACCUACCUACAGCUCUAAAACUCCCGCCCUCCACGGGUCGUGGCACCCUCCGUCAUGACCUCCAGCGGCUAGAGCUUUCAGUUCACACUGACGACUUUGAUCUCGAAUCGCUCGUUCCUCUUCUCCGCGCAGUCCUCAAGGAUGAGCCCGAUGAGAUCAUCUGGAAUAAAGUCUACGACGCCGUCACCGAAUCGACCCCUCCACCCCGUCCCGCAUCCUCCGUUCCACAGACGCCAUGGCUGCGCAACAUGAGUAGCUUCGCCAACUCGACCGAGCACCGCAAAUACGUAGACGACGUGCUAAAGGAGGAGCUAGGGCAUAUGUAUGUCGGGGUCCCUGGUUUCUUUAAAGCCUUCUUCGGCAAAAUCGCAGGCCUCGAGCUGACAGCGCAAGCCGUGCUGGAAAGGUGCAAAGCAGGGGAUAAUCCGCUCUACCAGGAGGAGAGCGGCUGGCAGGGCUGGCCUAAAGGGGCGAGAGAGCGGGAUGUCCUGCGCUGGUUCGCCAAGCUUACGGGCCAGUUUUGGGACUUUGCAGAAGAGCACCAGCCGGCGGCCUCUGUGGCUCGACGGCGACCGCUCGCACAGCCUUCCAAGCCCUUGCAGGGCUCCACGGCCGACCGCAAGUUGGAUGUCGGCUUCGUGGACGACCCAAGCGCCGGCGAGGACUCCAAAUGCCACUGGAAGCAGAUUCUCGUGCCAGGAGAACUCAAGAGUAACCCUUCUGCCGACAGAGCCUCUAAAGCAUGGCUCGAUCUAGGACGAUAUGCGCGAGAGGUGCUCGCCGCUCAAGACACCCGCCGGUUCGUCCUUGGCUUUACUCUGUGCGGGCCGCUUAUGCGGCUGUGGGAGUUCGACCGGCUUGGGGGUAUCGCUUCUCUGCAAUUCGAUGUUAAUAAAGAGGGGUUUCAGUUUGUGUCUGCAGUGCUCGGGUUCCUCUGGCUGAAUGAGGAGCAGCUUGGAUUUGAUCCUACCUUUAUUACCGCCGGCGCGACUCGAUACAUCGAGAUCGAACGAAACGGUCUUAGAGAGCGUCUUAUUAUCGAUAAGGUGAUGAAGCGGGCACCUUGCAUCGCCGGCCGAGCGACGACCUGCUGGAAGGCCCAUCGUGCCGGAGACAGUUCGCGAACGCCCCUUGUCAUUAAAGACUCGUGGCAGUUCCCGGAGCGUAAGAAGGAGGGAGAGUUGCUGCGCGAGGCAACUAACAAGGGCGUAGCCAACGUCGCGAGGUACUAUUACCAUGAGACGGUUCAGGUGGGCGGUCAGGACGAUGACAUCCGGGAGAACGUACGACGUGGCCUGGACAUAACGACACCAGAAAACUACGGGCCGGAAAGCUCAAUGCCGCCACCGAACACGGCUGGACGUCGCAUCUCGCGGAAGGGCCAAACCAGCAGCGUCGCUGGGAGAAAGCGGUCCUCGAGCUGCACGGACGCGCCUUUGCCGCCUAGUAAGCGAACAUGUUCGAGCUCUACGACAAAGAACCGAGUACAUCGCCGCGUUAUUGUCCAGGACUACGGGAAGGCCAUCUACAGAGCAAGCUCCUUGGCUAGUUUUAUUGCUGCGUUCGAAGGCUGCAUUAAAGGGUACGAGUCGUUGCACACCAAGGCCGGCAUGUUGCAAGGCGAUAUCUCACCAAACAAUCUCAUGAUGAAUGAAGAAGAUGACAACCCAUCCUGGCGCUCGUUCUUGAUCGACCUUGACCUUGCAAUCAAGGAGCAGCGGGAGAAAUCUUCUGGAGCAUGGGGCAAGACCGGCACACGGGCGUUUAUGGCAAUCGGGGUGCUUCUUGAUGACGAAGAGCAUUCGUUCAUGCACGAUCUGGAGUCGUUCUUCUGGGUGCUAUUCUGGAUAUGUAUUCACUAUGACGGACUAGGUAAAGACAUUGGGUCAACACAGUUCGAGUGUUGGAACUACGAGAGCGAUCGGAAGCUGGCUGAGCUCAAGAAAGGCUUAAUCUCUGAUGAGAGAGAUUUUCUGGACACUGCGAAGAUGGAGUUCACGUCAUAUUUUGAGCCUCUCAUUGUUUACGUCAACAGAUUGCGGAGGAAGGUGUUUCCUAAUGGUGGGAGGUGGAGGAAACCGAGUCCGAAACUAUACGUGGAGAUGAAAGAGAUACUUCGGGCAGCACAGGAUAAGUUGAAGGGAUUGGAGUGACGGUGAGAUGCCAUGUGGCCUACGUGGUAGGGGCGCCAGCACGUUAGUGUAGCAGUGGUCUUCUCACCUAGAGUAGGUUAGCACUGAUGCCGCGGUAGAACGUGUAGACACCUACCACUACAUCCUAAGAACUGAUAUUUUGUCG